ACUGAGUUCUCUCCGACAGCGGGCAGCGCCGCUCUCACAUACGAACGACCGACCGACCGACCGACCGACCGGCCGACUUAUUCUUUCCUCGUCCUCUCUCAAGAGCGUCGACGAGAACUUCUCUGCGUGGACCGACCACAGACGCUUCUCAUUUAAGAGUCUCUUACUGUUACAGAACAACCAAAUGAUUCUUCCAGUUUGCAGUCCCAGAGAAAUCCUACAGUCACAAGACAACUUAAUGAUUAUUCGAGCUUGCAAUCCCAUGGAAAUUGGGCACGGGAAUCUCCAAAAUUCUUUCAGAAAUUGCAACUUGUUUUCUUGUAAGCUUCAAUACUUUCCUGCCUUCACUGCUAGGGUUUCUCUAGGAAAUUACUCGUCUUAUGAUCAACAGUUUGUUGAGAGGCAAGAUAAUUGCCCCCUUAGUACUCAAAAGAGAACUAAAGUAUAUUCGGGGAUAAAUCUUCACUGCAGCUCAAGAACCCUGCCUUUACCUACAAAGACCUUCAUAAACGGUAAGAGAAACAAGAGGUAUGGAGGUAUAUUGCCAUCAGUUUUACGCUCGUUGGAGUCAGAAGAAAACAUUGAGAAAGCCCUUAACUUGUACCAUGGCAAACUAAGUCCCAAAGAACAAACUGUCAUUAUCAAGGAACAGAGAAAUUGGGAAAGAGUAGUGAAAGUUUUCCAUUGGAUCAAAUCACAGGAAGACUAUAUACCUAACGUGAUUCAUUACAAUGUGGUUCUUCGAUCUUUAGGUCAAGCUCAGAAAUGGGACGAACUUAGACGUUGCUGGAUUAUGAUGGCGCAAGAUGGAGUCUUACCCACCAACAACACUUACGGGAUGCUUGUUGAUGUUUAUGGAAAAGCGGGUCUUGCUAAAGAAGCGAUUUUGUGGAUUAAGCACAUGAAAAUUCGAGGAAUUUUCCCUGAUGAGGUUACGAUGAAUACAGUUGUACGAGUCAUGAAGGAUGUUAGGGAGUUCGACAGAGCCGAUAGUUUCUACAAAGCUUGGUGUAUAGGAAAGAUUGAAUUGGAUGAUCUUGAAUUCGAUUCUCUAUCGGCUACAGAGCCCUACAGUCUCAAACAUUUCCUGUCGACAGAGCUGUUCAAGAUCGGUGGGAGAGGUCAUAACAUUAAAGAAUUCGAAUGUUCUUCAAUGAAGCCGAAGCUCACAGCUACUUACAAUACGUUGAUCGAUUUAUACGGGAAGGCUGGCCGAUUGAACGAUGCAGCAAACAUUUUUUCCGAAAUGUUGAAAAGUGGGGUUAUGCCAGAUACAGUCACAUUCAACACCAUGAUACACAUUUGCGGAACCAAUGGGAAAAUGUCGGAGGCUGAAGCUUUGUUCAAUAAGAUGGACGAAAGGGGUGUCUUACCCGAUACUAAAACGUUCAAUAUUUUAUCUUCUUUACACGCUAAUGCAGGAAAUAUCGACGAAACUCUUCGUUAUUACAGGAAGAUAAGAGAAGUGGGGCUCACUCCCGAUGUUGUCACUCAUAGAGGUGUUUUGCACGUUUUGUGUGAAAGAAACAUGGUGGGAGAAGUGGAGGUUAUACUCAAAGAAAUGAGGAAAUUCGGUGUGAGUAUCGACGAACAAUCUCUUCCUGUUUUGGUUAAGAUGUUUGUGGAUCAAGGAAUGCUUGAGCAAGCUGCGCGAGUUUUGGAGGAGAGUCGGUUAAGUUUGUGUUCGAAAACGCGUGCGGCUGUUAUAAAUGCGUAUGCUGAGAAGGGACUAUGGGCCGAGGCUGAGAAUGUGUUUUACCGAAAAGAUAGACAAUCUAAGGAUGUUUCCGAGUACAAUGUAAUGUUUAAAGCUUACGGAAUGGCGAAACUUUACGACAAAGCCUUGUCUCUAUUUAAUGCGAUGAAGCAACUUGGAACUUGGCCCGACGAGUGUAGUUUCAACACGCUUAUCCAAAUGCUAUCCGGAUGCGAUUUAAUUGAACAGGCGAAAGAGCUUUUAAAUGAAACGGGUUGUAAACCGAGCUGUCUCUCAUUUGCGUCCAUGAUUUCAAGUUACAUCCGUUUAAACAGACUUUCUGAUGCUGUUUCUAUUUACGAGAUGAUGAUUAGGUUAAAGGUGGAACCGAAUGAAGUUGUUUACGGGUUGUUAAUAGAUGCGUUUGCGGAGACAGGCGAUCUAGACGAUUGUCUUCGUUAUUUUCAUUCGAUGGAGAAAUUUGGGAUUUUUCCGAAUCAAGUGAUACUUACAUCCAUGAUUAAAGCUUAUAAUAAGGUUGGUUCUUUAAAGGGUGCGAAAAGUUUGUACGAGAAAAUUAGGGAUCCCGAUACCAUUGCGUCUAAUAGUAUGCUGAAUAUUUACGCGGAUCUUGGAAUUCUUUCUGAAGCUAAACUAAUCAUGAACGAUUUGAGAAAGAAGGGUAGGGCGGAUGGGGUUUCAUUUGCAACCAUGAUGUAUCUUUAUAGAAACUUAGGAAUGCUAGACGAGGCUAUUGAGGUGGCGGAGGAGAUGAAGCAAACGGGGCUUUUGAGAGAUUGUGAUUCUUUCAAUAAGGUGAUGGCUUGUUAUGCGACAAACGGUCAGCUUCUCGAAUGUGCGAAAUUGUUGCACGAAAUGGUGAAUCGAAAGCUUUUCCCGGAUGCAACAACUUUCAAGACUUUGUUUAAGGUUUUAAGUAAGGGCGGUGUAGUUAAUGAAGCGGUUGAGCAGCUUGAAUUGGCUUAUGUGGAAGGGAAGCCUUUCGCGAGACAGGCGGUUAUCACAUGCGUUUAUUCUGUUGUAGGUUUGCGUGAGUUGGCGAUUGAAUCGUGCAGAGUGUUGAUGAAGGAUCGGGUUGGGCUUGGUUUGUUUGCGUAUAAUGUGGCUAUUUAUGUUUAUGAUACGGUUGGAGAAAUCGACAGGGCUUUGAAUGUGUAUAUGAAGAUGCAAGAUGAAGGGUUGGAACCUGAUAUUGUGACUUACGUUAAUUUGGUUGGUUGUUAUGGGAAAGCUGGGAUGAUUGAAGGGGUGAGACGGGUUUAUGGUCAAUUGAAGUAUGGGGUGAUCGAGCCAAACCAGUCCUUGUUCGAAGCGCUAGCGAAUGCGUUUAGAAAUGCGGGGAGACAUGACCAGGCUGAGUUAGUCGAGCAGGAAAUGAGAUUUUCUCUAGCCACGGAAUCGCAAUCGAAUACUGAUUCUGAAAGGGAUGAUUUAUUCAAAUGAUAAUUUUGUUGGAAAUGUAGAAUCACAUAUAUAAAUAAAUUGAUUGUUGUAUCAUGUAUGUAUAUAUACAUAUAUAUAUUUACCUUGUUUGUUGUUCUA